AUGGAGGACGCAGUGAUAAGCCCCAGUUCAAAGCUCCGCCCAUCCUCCUCCCCGUCACCGGCGCCCUCACUGAUUGGGAAAUUGACGCCGUCAUCAUCCUCACUGGCAGGUGGCCCGCGUAGUAAAGAAAAGGCGGCAGCCCGUGUCGAAGCAGCAGUGCAAGAGGUCCCAUGGCGUUGUGUUUGCGGUGCUCUCUGUCCUACGUCCGCCGUUUUUCUUCUACAUUCGCGCAGUUGUUUGGCAAGGCGUGGUGAUGUGCCAGGACUCGUUACUAGCGAGGAUCCCAUUGGUGUGGAUGAUGCUCCCAGGGAGUCGACGGUGCGUGGGCGGAUGCUUUCCUCGCUCCGUGCCGCGGGGAGUUCAGGCGAGCUCCACGGUGACUGCUUAGCAGCGGCUGCCAACGCGAUGCAGUUUUCCCUUUCCUCGACAACAUAUGAGCCACGAGAAGAAGCGGAGGGCGUGGAAGGAAGAGGAGCGACAGGAAGGAGCUUGAGCACAGUGUGGGAACUGCAGCCGGUGUUUCUUUCUGUGUCUGGGACGGCGCUUCUUGCCGCGGCGCGCCGCAGCAUGGGGAAAAGGAGGAAAGGCGACGACGUGACGGAGACCCGGGAUUGGGACAGUCGUAACGCUGAGGAGGCCUUUGCAUCUCCGUCCCCCCACUACACGGUGCUUCCCCAUGGCCUUCAGUACGCGAAGAAGCUGACGAUCACGGGCACAUAUCGUUUUCGUGCAGCGUUUGCGGAGACCGAGGAGGGUGCAGAAACGCGAGUGCCAGGCAGCAGCAGCAGCAGCAGCAGCCGUUCUUUUUCGACGAGUGCCUCCCGGCCUCAGGACGAUGCGGCAGACGGCCACGUGGAGGGCCUAGCCUCGCCUCGACGGUUUUCGAAGCUGCGAUUUAACGCCAACCACGCCGAGAUGUCCUCGUAUGUGUACAAACGUUUUUUGCCGCGGGAUGACGCCCAGUGUGAGCGGGAUACGGAUGCAAAGACUCUGGGGCCAGAGGACGCCUGCGCGAUGAAGAAGUCGCGGGCGGAGUCAACCUGCUUGGACACCGUCUUGCGUCGGGAGGGUCGACGCAUACUGCCUGUUCCCAUGCCCGUGCUGGAGUGGCACUAUCCGAGGUAG